AUGAAAUUUAGGUCUAUACAUAAGUUUCCCAAAGCCAACAUUGGAGACAGUGUGAGAGUCUCUUUACCGGAUGUCGACAGAGGACGAGCAGACCCAAGAAAUAUUAUAUUUGGAGUUGUGUCUAUUGAGGAUGGGCAAUAUUAUAAACUUGGCAAUAAAUAUGGUACUUUGCCACAGUUAUACACCAGAAAUCAAUUUGAUGUUUGUCCUGUGUCUUUAAUACCGCUUGAUGAGGUGGUGCAUGUAGUAAAAUUAUUGAGGGAAAUUGGGAGUCAAAUGUCAGAUGGUGGUGGUCAAGGAUAUAAAAGGUGUUCAUGUAAGCGGAAAUGUGACACCAAUCGAUGUAAAUGGAAAUCAUCUAGCAAUUUGUGCAAAUCAAAAUGUCAUGGAAGCAUGCCAUGUAAUAAUAAAGGAUAA